AUGUUUAGAAUGAAGAGAUGUUAAAGUUUCUCUGCAGAUGACAGCACAGAUCAGCUUCUGUUCUGUGAUUGGUGGCUUUCUUUUCAGCAGGAUGUUGUUAACAGAGUUUAAAAGCUGCUGCAGGACUGCAGCCAUUCACAGGAAGCUGGACCAGCAAUGGCUCUGCUGAAGGUUCUGCUGCUGCUGCUGGGUCUGGGUGUUUCAGUGAACUCAGAUGUUUCUCUGCAAAAGAGAAUCAUUGGAGGUCAAAACUGUCAUGUAAGUGAGCGCCUUUAUCAUGUUCGGCUGGAGAGCAGCAAUGGUACUCAUAUGAGGCGCUGUGGAGGAUCUCUGAUCCACUCUCAGUGGAUCCUGAGUGUAGCUCGCUGCUGCGAGCCAGGAUGGACUAACACAGCAUUCUUAAAAGUUCAUCCACGGACUGUUAUACAGUACAAUCAGGUAAUCCAAGACCCCCCUGUGAUUUACUACCCGGGCCAUGAUAUCAUUUUGCUGAAGCUUCAUACACCAGUACCAGAUGUCCCACUUGUUCGGCUACCAGACUGCAGGCGUCGUCUUCAUAUAGGCAAUGUUGUUCAGUUGGCAGGAGAGGGAGCAAUGACAACCGGCCCCAAUAAUGAGAGAUUACCCAUUAUUGCUCUUCCAGCACAACUUCAGUGUGUCGACAUUAUAGUUGCUAAGGUUUCCGUCAUCAUGCCGGCAUACGGGCAUGUAUUCUAUGCUUCAGCUCAGAACAAGGAUAUAUGUUAUGGCGAUGUUGGUGGAGCAGCGGUGCACAAUGGCAUGAUUUAUGGUGUAAUUUCUAUUGGUGGACCAGAUGCGUGUCAGAGUCCAGUUGCAAUCAUAGAUGUGUGUGAAUACAAGGACUGGAUUAGAAGAAGAACUGGGAUUUAAUAAAACAGAAACUAUCAUGAAAUAAAAUUUUUAUCAAAUUUACUCUCAUAUAAAUUUAUAUUUAUAUCUUCAUUUGUUUGAUCCACAUCUUUAUAGAAUUAGAAUAAAACAAUAGUUUUGUUUUAUCUCACCUGAUCUUGACCUCCCUAAUGGAGCUUUCUCUGCACCUCAGAAAUGAAAAAUAAAUCAAUCAAUGCAUGAAAAAGAAACAUUUCCUGGUUCAUCAUCAUUACAUUCAUGGCUCAGUUUGUUCAGUUGAUUUUUUCCCUGAACUGAGUCUAAAAUCAUUACAUGAGUUUUAAAACACAUGAACAGGAACACCAGAAGUAAUUUAUUUAUUCAGUUUUUCUCUUUAUUUUACAUCAGAAAUGAACAUGAAGCAUCUAAACUCUGCAGCUCUGGAGUUACUAUUCCUGAUUUAGUUCUAGAAAACUUUAAACUCCAACAAAUCUAAAGAGCUGUGCACAAAAAUAAUGAAACAGAAGUCACAUAAUACAAUUAACAAAUAAUGAAAUCCACAUAAUGUAAAAAUAACAAUAAAAACAUCACAUUUUUAA